AUGAACCUGUCCCAUGCUCAGAGUUACUUUCUGCAAAUACAUGGCAAGAACUGCUGCGUGUUCCGGGACAAGACCAUCCCUCGUGUGCUCCCACCCGUGCUGAGCCUGGAGUUCGUGUUCGGCCUCCUGGGCAAUGGCAUCGCCCUGUGGAUCUUCUGUUUCCACCUCAAGUCCUGGAAACCCAGCCGGGUCUUCUUGUUCAACCUGGCCGUGGCCGAUUUCCUUCUCAUCAUCUGCCUGCCCUUCCUGACGGACAACUACGUACACAACUGGGACUGGAAGUUUGGGGAUGUGGCCUGCCGGGUGAUGCUCUUCAUGCUGGCCAUGAACCGCCAGGGCAGCAUCAUCUUCCUCACCGUGGUGGCUGUGGACAGAUACUUCCGCGUGGUCCAUCCUCACCACCCGCUGAACAAAAUGUCCAACCGGACGGCGGCCAUCAUCUCCUGCCUCCUGUGGGGCUUAACCAUUGGGCUGACCGGCCACCUUCUCUCCCACAAGAUCCUGACCCAGAACGACACCGCCAAACUCUGCAGCAGCUUCAGCAUCUGCCAGACCUUCCGGUGGCACGAUGCCAUGUUCCUACUGGAGUUUUUCCUGCCACUGGGCAUCAUCCUGUUCUGCUCCACCAGGAUUAUCUGGAGCCUGCGGCAACGCCAAAUGGACAGGCACGCCAAGAUCAGGCGGGCCAUCAACUUCAUCCUGGUGGUGGCCAUCGUCUUCGUCCUCUGCUUCGGGCCCAGCGUGGCCGUGCGUAUCCGCAUCUUCUGGCUGCUGCUGACCCAGGGCACCAGCAACUGCGACAUCUACCACUCUGUGGACUUGGCCUUCUUCAUCACCCUCAGCUUCACAUACAUGAACAGCAUGCUGGACCCUGUGGUCUACUACUUCUCCAGCCCUUUGUUCCCCGACUUCUUCUCAGGUCUCUUCCAACGCUGCUCUUGCAGGGAAAAGGUCCCAGAGCUGCACACAAAUAGGAGCACGACUGUGGAGCUCACGGAGGAUGCAGCUGGUGGCCGAAACAAGCCAGGAACCUUGAUGGCUGGUCCCAGGCAGCCCCCAGGCCCCUCUUAUCUGACCCCAGCCUCUCAGUAGUCA